UCCACCCAAAUAACAUCAGACAUACCAAAGCCCUGUCUGCAGAAUCAGUGUGGUUCUCCACAAGGAUCAUCAAUACUUUCACCAUGGUUUUUCAAGCUCUUUUUGACUGUUUGAAUUUUAGUAGUUGGCUGUUGCUUGCUUUUGUAUUGCUGAUUUUGUUUGAUUUGAUAAGAAACCGCAGACCUCGUAACUUUCCACCAGGACCCCGGGCUUUGCCUCUUCUAGGAAAUGUUUUCACCGGAGUUGACUUCAAAUCAAUGAUGAAGCUGGCUGAGACGUACGGUCCUGUGUUCAGUGUGAAGAGAGGCAGUGAGAGGAUGGUGUACGUUGCAGGAUACAAGAUGGUCAAAGAGGCUCUUGUUAAUCAGCUGGAUAGCUUUAUUGAUCGACCAGUUCUUCCUCUCUUCCAUAUUAUCUAUAAGGGUCUUGGCAUAUCUUUGAGCAAUGGCUACCUGUGGAGGAAGCAGAGGAAGUUUGCCAACACUCACCUACGUUACUUUGGAGAGGGCCAGAAGGCACUGGAGAAGUACAUUGAAGUGGAGUGCAGCUUCCUUUGUGAAGCUCUCAAAGAGGAGCAAGGAAGACCAUUCAACCCACACUACACCAUAACAAAUUCAGUGAGCAAUGUGAUAUGCUGUGUGGUCUUUGGGCAUCGCUUUGAAUACACUGAUCCAAAUUAUCGCAAAAUUCUGGAGCUGGACAAUGAGGCUAUUGUGCUUUCUGGUUCAGCCCAAGCACAGCUCCUUGAUGCCUUUCCUGACUUGAUGAAGCACCUGCCAGGGCCUCAUCAGACUAUCCAAAACAACUAUAAGGAGCUUUUGGCAUUUGUAAAGAAGGAAAUAGAAAAGCACCAGGAGGACUGGAACCCUGAAGACCCUCGUGACUUUAUUGAUGUUUAUCUGUCAGAGAUGGAGAAGAAACAAAUGGAUCCCCAGGCUGGCUUCAACCUUGAAACACUGUCGUUAUCCUCCCUUGACCUGCUUGAGGCUGGAACAGAAACAACUGCUACCACCCUGCGCUGGGCCCUUGUAGUCAUGAUGACCUACCCAGAGAUACAGGAGAAAGUCCAGGCAGAGAUAGACAGAGUGAUCGGACAGUCUCGCCUGCCCACCUUGGCUGACAGACCCAACCUGCCGUACACUGAUGCUGUUGUCCAUGAGGUCCAAAGGUUUGGAAAUAUUGCUCCCCUGGGAUUCCCGAGACGUGCCACUAAGGACACUACACUGGGAGGAUACUUCAUUCCUAAGGGCACAGCUACGACUAUGAUUCUUGCAUCCGUGCUGUUUGACAAGAAUGAGUGGGAGACUCCAGAUGUCUUCAAUCCUGAGCAUUUCUUGGAUUCACAGGGCCAGUUUCGAAAAAGAGAUGCAUUCUUGCCAUUUGCAGCAGGUAAACGUAUGUGUCUUGGUGAGCCCCUGGCCAAAAUGGAGCUGUUCCUUUUCUUUGCAUCUCUGCUCCAACGCUUCACCUUCACUCCUAUUCCUGGAGAAAUGCCCAGCAUGGAUGGUGUGUUGGGCUUCACCCACACGCCUCAGGAGUUCAGGCUGCAGGCAGCGCCUCGCUGAUGUCAUUCUAUCCAAACAUAAAGAUCAAGAAGCUGAACCUCUUUAUGAGCAUACUAGAAACCCAAAGAGAAGCAACACCUUUUAUUAUAUAUAUUCUGACCUGCAACUGAAAAAAAGCAACUUUUUUAGUGUAACUCUCUUUAAGUAGUCUUGAGGAAUAGUUCUCCAGGCUUCUUAAUAACAUUCAAAAAACUAUUUUUGAAAAAAAUUGUCUAGAAGUUGUCGCAGUGUGCCUAACCCGUUAUACUAUCUCGUGUCACUGACUUUCAGUCGGGUUCUUAAGUAAUUUACCUCAAGAAUGACUUCUUGACAUUGAUUCUUCCACUAUUUUGGAAAAUCAGCAACCAUAUAACAAAAACCUUGAUUUUGUUCAACAGCUAUUUUAUACACAGCUAGAGAACAAAUAUCAUCAACAGCAUAGUUUAAACUGGAGUGGCCACAGUGUAGUGAUUAAGAGAUUAAGGGAUGGUGAUUGCGGCAGGAAGGACAUUUUGCGUAACAAUUUGUUUUUUAAAUUUGCCAAGUCAAAUACACAAAACUACACUUUGAUAUCAAAUAUACGAAGCUACACUUUGAUGCCAGGCUCAUGGUCUAGUCGUGACCAUUCUUUAAAUAUUUAGCAUCUAAAACACAUAUUUGGUUCCAUGAGACAUUUCUUUUGAACUGUGUGUAAUUAUGAACACAAGAUCCCAUUCGAUCAUAGACAGAAGACAGGGCAAAAUUCAAAAAAUUCAAAAAAGUGAAUAAUUCACACCUUGUAAAUUAGACCAAAAAGUGGAAGAUUUGUUUGUAAAAAAUUAACUGAUCUUCAUAUAACCUGGCAUGCUGCAAAUUGCUUUUACAUGUGAUUAUAUAGAAGACCCUGUAUUUAUGGGUAUUAAUUCAAAUGUAGGAGUGCUGCUUUUCUAUUUCCUGCUUAUGUUUUUAAAUGUAUUAAUCAACACAUUAAGAAAUAAAACAAUUGCAUACUACGUGCUUAUGAUUGUCAUUUUA